GGGCGAGACGCGCCUGCGCUGGGCGGAGCCCGCAGCUUGGCGCGGCGGCCGGGUGUCCGCACGCGUUUGUGGUUUGUUUUGUAGGUACGGCGAGAGGGAAGCCCGUGGCUGGGUGAUGGAUUUUGAGAAUCUCUUCUCAAAGCCCCCCAACCCAGCCCUCGGCAAAAAACAGGCCUCGGAUUCUGAUGAAAGAACCGAUGAUGAAAUAGAUGAUUCAGACGUUGAAGAAACACAAGAGGAGAAAAUAAAAUGGGAAGUAAGACUGGAGAGUGAGCAAGUCCCAAAAAAAGCUCGGCACUUUGGAAAUUCUGCGUCACCACCAAAGAAUUCACUACAUAGAAAAUCAAGAAGUAAGGACUAUGAUGUAUAUAGUGACACUGAAAUCUGCAGUCAGGAACCAGAGGAUACUUUUGCCAAGGAGCUUCAGCAGUACAUACAAGCUAAAGAGAUGGCAAAUGCCGCCCAGCCCUUACCAUUUCCUGAAGAAUCAGGGAAGAAAGAGGAAGCAAAAGAUACCCAGCAAGCUGCUAAACAGAAAAAUAAAAAUUUUAAAGCUGGUCAGAAGAAUGGUAAGCAGAAGAAAAUGAAGCGAAAAUGGCCUGGCACUGGAAACAAAGGAUCCAGUGCUUUACCAAGGAAAAAGUGCUCACAGGAAGAGGAUGGUAAGCCUAAAGAGAAGCAGCAGCACGUGAUAAUGAGUCAAGGGUUCAUCAACCAACAUACUGUGGAACGCAAAGGAAAACAGAUCUGUAAAUAUUUUCUCGAAAGGAAAUGUAUUAAGGGCGACCAAUGUAAAUUUGACCAUGAUGCUGAAAUAGAGAAGAAAAAGAAAAUGUGUAAAUUUUAUGUACAAGGAUAUUGUACCAGAGGUGAAAACUGUCUGUAUUUGCAUAAUGAAUAUCCUUGUAAGUUUUACCAUACAGGAACAAAAUGUUACCAGGGGGAGUACUGCAAAUUUUCACAUGCUCCACUGACUGAGGAGACACAAGAACUGCUGGCUCAAGUUUUGGAUUCUGAAAGGAAAUAAUGUAAAUAAAAUAGACAUGAAAAGCUUUAUAUAGGUGAAGAGUGCUGAAGCCUGUCAGAACUUUUCAAGACUGGUGAUUUGGAUGGAGUACUUUCUGAGAUUGCGCAGUUAAAGCGCCCUCUUGUGCCAUGGUGAUGCUAUGCAGUUUCUUUAAUGGUGGUGCAGAGGGACAGAAGCCACUGUACAAUGAGGGGUUGGUCUUCACCGUGGUGCUGCAGCCAAUGGAACGCGGCUGGCAGAGAUGCUGGUGGGUGGGUAAAUGUGGUAGUAAAUGACAUAAGUCUCUUGACUGGCUUUUCUCAAUAAAACAGGAGGAGAGGCUCGGCUGAGUGAGGACGGGUGGUAGUGUAGCUCUGAGGAGAGAGAACUGCUGGGAAGACAUUGGAAUAGUAUAAAAGAGAGCUGGAUCUCUUCGUGUCAUUAAAUACCUUCACAGUGUAUUUUAAUGGUUGUUCACAAUUCCGUUUUGUAGCGUAAAAUAAAUUAUGGUUCUUUGAUAUUUCAAAAUCAGUUUCCUGUUGGACAUUUAAUUUAUUUCUAGUUUCUUACUGUUGUAAAUAAAAUGGAACAAUAUAUUGAGCUAUAUCAUUCUAAA